CGGUUGCGCAGGGGUUUGGCCGGUGGUCUGGUCACUGGCUAGGGCUAGGGUUUGGACGAGAGAGCUGACAACAUGGGAGGGGAGUUCGAACGACCGUUAACGGUGUUCACACGUUAAGCAGUUGUUGAAGCCGAAGGGGCGACGUGCUUCCCUCUGGUUGGAGGCUAGACGCUAAUCCGAAGGGUCCACAGGAUACGCGUUUCCCACGAGAACCACAACCACAAUCUUCGGAAUGGAAUAAUAAGGAUAAUAGCAUAUUAGGUGAACUCUACACCACAAACUGUGGUGAACUCGACAAACCUGCCACCUUCCCCCCCCCGCUUSGUCUCAAACUAAAAAGCACAGGAGAAGAAACUCUACACUCUGUGCUCUCUACAGUCUACACAAAACAAAGCAAAAGAACUCGGAUCAAAGAAAAAUUAGAGAGAAAAAAAAAAGAAACCAUCAUCACUGAGGGAAAGAAAAAGAAUUCCAGAAUUAAUGAUCAGAUCUUUUCUCUUCCUCGAUGACUCAAACCACCUUCUGGAGUCUCUCCGACGAUGUUAUCCUCAACAUCUUUUUCAAGCUCCAAGACGACCCUCGAAACUGGGCAAGACUCGCCUGCGUCUGUACCAAAUUCACCGCUCUGGUUCGCAACGUCUGUUGUAAGAACAAAUGCACUGAAACCAUCCCUUCCGUGGUCGCAGACCUCCUCUCUGCCCCGGUCGUCUCGUCUGAUCCCCCAGGCGGAUGGGCAGCUCUCCAUAAGCUGUCCGUCUGCUGCCCGGGGCUCCUCCAUGCCGGUGUUCUCUUGGAGAAUUCGGACUUCGGUCUCGAGCGAGAGCUGGGCCCCGAUGAGAAUUAUCAAAAAGCUGGUCCGGCCCGCGUUCCUGACGUAUCGCCAACUCCUCCUUCGAGCAGCCUUGGUGAUCCUUCCGUAGGCGCUUCUCUCCAUUCUGAUGAUUCUUGGUCACUCUUCGAUGAUCUCUACUUUGAUACCAUCUAUGAUGCAUCCGAAUCAAACGACGGACCUGCGUUCAUGGACGAGUCCGAUAAUGUUCUGGUCAAGGUUGGUUCUGAUUUCUYCAUCAGCGAGAAGACGGAAAAAUACAGUUCAGUUGGGUCUCAUUUAGCUACCGGGGUUUGGAAUUUGAGUCGAGAGCAAGGGAAUAAGCUACUGGCGAGUCGGUUCAGAAAGGAUUGUCUCUAUAUAUGUGAUUGGCCGGGUUGUGUCCACACUGAAGAGAAACGUAACUACAUGCUUUUCAGAGGUAUCUUCAAGAAUUUCAAGCGGUCUAGGGUUUGGAGGACCAUUAACGAUGGGAAACGGAGCAGGAUUCCAUUAGACUGCGCGUUUUGCGCUUGUAAGGAGACGUGGGAUCUGCAUUCGGCUUUCUGUUUGAGGGGGGUGUUUGGGUACCAUGACGACGGCGAGCCGGUURUUCGAGCAUAUGUUUGUGAAAAUGGCCAUGUUUCUGGGGCGUGGACGGAUCGACCAAUGUUCAGUUGACAGCGGAAAAUCUUCUUUUUGUUUGUGGGUAACUGGGUAUUGAUUACUAUUCAUUUAUCAUUUCCUUGAAUUGUUAUUUUUAUAUGUUCAUGGAGAAUAAGGAUUUAUUAAGAACUUGGAGGGAAAGAAGUUGGGGUAUUAAUAUAUAUUAUGUCUCCCGACCUAUUAUGACUCUGUCUUUCUUUGCUUUAUGAUUCUGAUGAUUGAAGUUAUUAAACUGUUUAUUUUAA